AUGUCAUCAAGCUCGCUUAGUUUCACAAUUGCUAAUAUUGUAAGUCUUUGGAAAAUAGACGGACAAAUCAAAUUAGAAAUUGAUAAUUCUAAAAGAAAAAAGAAAUUCAAUGCCCAAGUAAUUCGUAGAAAUGGGGUUUUCUUAGUUUUCGCCUCUGGAAAAGUCAUAGCUACGGGAUUCAAAGAAGUCACGAAAGCAGGUGCAACCCUUCAACAAAUAUAUCCUGACAACGCUAUCAACUUUGUUAAAGUUGUAAAUAUUACAGCACAUAGUUUCUUACCGUAUACUUUCAAUGUUCGUGAAAUGAUAGAUUCCUAUGAGGAUACUACAUACGAGCCUGAGAUUUAUCCAGCAGUUUAUAUUAAACUGAAUGGAUUAACUCUGAUCUAUUACUCAACUGGGUCCAUCAUAAUUACUGGAGCUAAGGAACUGUCACAGAUAGAUGGCGCUCUCGAUCAAUUUUCACGACGGACGAGUCAAAUGGGUAUAUAA